UGCUCGCCGACCUGACCCGCUCUCUGGACUCCUGCGCAACCCAGUCACGCCAAAGCAUUGGUCGAACCGACCACAUUUUCCAUUUCCGGCGCCACAAAUUUCGUCGCCCAUGAAUUGCGUUAAUUCGCCACUUAUUGACGUUUAGUUAAUCUCGUGUGUGAAGGGUCGCGGCGUGAAGUUGGGUAGUUGCAGCGGGUAAUUUUUCAAAACGCGACAUUCAGAGAGUGUCACCAAGUCCAAGCCAUGACGAAUGCCGCGGGUUCUGUACCCGCUCAAUUGGCAGCGACAACGCGCAAUUUACGGCCACGCCAAGCAUCCGGCGCUCCGGGCUCUUCAGUGGGUGGUGCCGCUCGGAAAGCGGGUGGCCGGGUAACCAGGAGCUCGGCUACCCUGCUCCGGACGUCGUCAACCAACGAGAACUCAGCGGCGCCGCAGCCUCAGGUUUUGGAAAACCCAGCAAAGUCGCACAAGCGCUCCCAAUCGUCCGUCGGGAAUGCGAGACAGCAGGCCAAGCGGACCCGUCUGACCCCUCACGAACCGGGGUUUUAUGGAGAAAGUAGCGAUAGCGGGGGCGACUACGACAGUCUUCAUGAGCCCCCCGGCCCCGAUGUGGAGCAGAAGGCCGGCGGCCACCAACGGCGCAAACCUCCCAAGAACAGUACCCCCAAAAAGUCGUCGAAGCCUGCUCGGGCAACGAUAAGGAGCCCGCGAAAACUCGCUUCAGAGAAGUUCCCUGCGUCCGAAGGCGACGAGAGCGCUGGCGAGAAUGGCAUCAUACCAGAUUGGGGCAGUCUGCCCUACCAUAUUCUAGUCCAGAUUUUUCGAUAUGCAGCCGCACCGCUGAAUCAAGUCCAGCAAGCCAAAUGGCUGACCGCCACCAGCGGUGUCUGCCGCGCAUUCGCGGAGCCAGCCCUGACGGCCUUGUACAGGGCCCCUCCUCUGCUAACCCGGCCAAUGGCACAUGGCCUGGUGUCGCUGUUGUGCAAAGACCCUUCCACCACGCUGUUUAAUUACAGGCAGAAAGUGGAAGAGCUCUGGAUCGACGUCGAGCAUAUUGCUUCAAAAACGUUCAAGGGUCAGCCUCUCGACCUCCCGGCUCUGGUCGGCAACCUGCCCCGCUUGAAGUCCAUUCAAUUCUUUCACCAGAAGGAUGGCCCUCCGUAUCGCUCGCUGGAUGGUAGUCUGCGCUGGCACUACCCUCCCGCCCUUUUCAAGGCCCUCAAUGGGACUCGCCACUCGGCGGAGGAAGGAGGAACUAUCAAUCAUGCGAAGCUCCUCGGCUGGCAGUGGAACAGGCGGCUCAUGGGGCCAGAUCUUGACCUCGCCGCCAUCAAGGUGCUCCAUGAAACCCCGCCGUUUCUGAGCCUGGAAAAGGUUUCGUUUGUCAACUACCAGGUUCCUUCGCUUCACGCGGGGGCCAGUGUAGAUGACAAAGAGCUAGCCGCAAGCGAUGAAGCAUUCAUCCAAGGCAUGGCAGAUGCGAUCACCGCUUUACCAGCCCUCAAGCAUCUCGCGAUCGAGUCAUCUACCGUCGCAAACAGCCAGCUGCUUCUCCGACUGCCCGAUCGUCUCGAAACAUUGGAGCUCGUCAAUUGUUGGGAAGUUGAUGGCGACGACUUUGCAGACUAUCUCCUAUCACGCGGGCACCACCUGAAGCAGCUCACCCUUCGGCACAACCAGUCUCUAAGCCUGUCGUUCGUCACGGUUUUGGGGACGGCUUGCCCUAACUUGGAAGUCCUCUCGAUGGAUUUCAAGACGUUCAAGCAUCAUGAGUUUUAUCAUGAUUCAGACCCGAGCUAUGACGACUUGCUCACAGCAAGUCAGGUUCCAGACUGGCCGCAGAGUCUUGAGACGCUCCAGCUCUUGAAUAUGAAGAAGUGGACGGCAGAAGCGGCCGAGACGCUGUUUCAAUCGCUGGUCGACAGCGCCCCAAGGCUGCUCAAGCUCCGCUGGUUAGAGUUGAAAGCUAUGUUGAGCAUUCCGAUCCAGGAGCGAUCCAGGAUGCGCAACAAGUGGGGCUGUAAACUGAGACAAGUCUUCCUGCGAGAGAAAGAGGAGCCCAAACCGCUCUUCUCCCUGCGAGAGAAGCCUCGGCCGCCGGAUGCCGAAAAAAUAACAAAAAGAACACCGAAAAAGUCGCGCAAACUCGGUGGCGUUCUGCCCGCCGAAAGCCCUUCGCGGCGAAGCAGCCGUAUUGCGGGGCAGUCGUCGAAUUCGUCCUCUCGUGCCGGUAGUAUCGGCCGGGGGUUGCGCCAUAGCCUGAGCCGGCCAUCGUAUGCCGAACCAGAUACGGACGAAGAUGAGGAGGAAGAGGAGGAGGACGACGACGAGAAAUACGCUGAACUCGGCGGUGCACAAACUACCGACGGGUUAGGCACGGGUAACCAACCUGAGCCCGUGACAUCUCCAGCGGACGCGGAAGCGCUCUUUCGCCAUGGGAUGUGCGAAAAGGUCGAGAUUCAGCUGGAUAACCAGAAGUCGGCCGAGACCACAUUGACCAUGGAUGAUUUUCUGGAUAGCGGAAAUGACGACCUGUCGGACGACGACUGGGUCGGCCAGGACGAUGAGUCUGACAAUGGGUAUGCCUGGUGAGCAGAAAUAGGUUGAAGGUUGCGAGUUGCCACUUUUCCUCUCACUCCGAUCUCUCUGAGGCAGCGCAUCAAGAUAGGAAACUGUUGCUGCUUGUAUUGCAUCCUCACGUUUGACAUAACGGUUUUUGGGAUGCCGGUCGGCGUUGCCAGCAUCUGUUUGCUCUUGCUCCAAUCAGCCCUUUC